AUGGCGCUUCCAAAGCGGAGGCCCCAGUUCCUGGGGGAAGGUCUCAAGACCUCAACCAGACCCAAAGGCUCCCUUCACGGGAUGAUCCACACGAUCUCUGCUGAACCUCUUAGCAACUCCCAAUCGGACCAAGCCAAAAUCCCCACCCUCUCGGAGUUGCUGCAGGAAAAAGGCUUCUAUGGUUCGACCCUGGCAACAGGGGGUCCAUCCGUGAAGAUGGAAGCUAAGUUCUGUGAGAUGGAAAGAGCCCCUUCAGAGGAAGAGCAGUGGGCCCAGUCCCAGGAGUGUGCCCAAGAUGCCCUCUCAUGCGGCAGCGAAGGGACAGUGCUGAUCCGUCCUCUUUGCGGAAGUGUGGAGACAGCUGCUACGCUUCCAGACUGGCAGAGAAUGAUCAGUGGAAUGAGCGUGAUCGGGAAGUGCAUCAGCUAUUGCCAAAUAAACCACACAGGGGAGAAACCUUUUGAAUGCUCCGAGUGUGGAAAGAGAUUCAGUCGCAGUGGCAGUCUUCAAAGUCAUGUAAGAACCCACACAGGGGAGAAACCUUUUGAAUGCACAGAGUGUGGAAAGAGAUUCAGUCAGUGUGGCAGUCUUCAACAGCAUCAAAGAAUACACACAGGGAAGAAACCUUUUGAAUGCUCAGAGUGUGGAAAGAGAUUUACUAGCAGUGGCAAUCUUCAACGGCAUCUAAGAAUCCACACAGGGGAGAAACCUUUUGAAUGCUCAGAAUGUGGAAAGAGAUUUUCCUGCAGAAAGAGAUUUACUAGCAGUAGCAGUCUUCAAAGCCAUGUAAGAACCCACACAGGAGAGAAACCUUUUGAAUGCUCAGAGUGUGGAAAGAGAUUUACUAGUAGUGGCAUUCUUCAAAGUCAUGUAAGAACCCACACAAGAGAGAAACCUUUUGAAUGCUCAGAGUGUGGAAAGAGAUUUACUAGCAGUGGCAAUCUUCAAAGGCAUUCAAGAACCCACACAGGAGAGAAACCUUUUGAAUGCUCAGAGUGUGGAAAGAGAUUUACUAGCAGUGACAACCUUCAAAGGCAUCUAAGAACCCACACAGGGGAGAAACCUUUUAAAUGCUCUGAGUGUGGAAAGAGAUUCAUUUGCAGUGGCACUCUUCAAAGUCAUGUAAGAACCCACACAGGGGAGAAACCUUUUGAAUGCUCAGAGUGUGGAAAGAGAUUCAGUCAGUGUGGCAGUCUUCAACAGCAUCAAAGAAUACACACAGGGAAGAAACCUUUUGAAUGCUCCGAGUGUGGAAAGAGAUUCAGGUUUAGUGGCAGUCUUCAAAGUCAUGUAAGAACCCACACAGGGGGGAAACCUUUUGAAUGCUCAGAGUGUGGAAAGAGAUUCAGGUUUAGUGGCAGUCUUCAAAGUCAUGUAAGAACCCACACAGGGGAGAAACCUUUUGAAUGCUCAGAGUGUGGAAAGAGAUUCAGUCAGUGUGGCAAUCUUCAACAGCAUCAAAGA